GGCCCACUGUGAUGGCAGAGGAAGACCCCCAGCAGCAGUCGGACAGCGGGGUGGCGAGGAGCCUGCCCGGCCUGCUCCCCGGGCUGCAGGGCGCCGAGGCCAGUGCCCUGCAGCUUCGGAUCAAGAACUCCAUCUGCAAAUCCGUUCAAUCAAAAGUGGAAAACAUUCUGCAAGAUGUGGAGAAGUUCUCUGACAUAGAAAAACUCUACCUCUACCUUAAGUUGCCUUCUGGUCCCAGCAGCUGCACUGAAAAAAGUGACCAGAGUGCCCUGUCAUCGAGCCGCACACAGCAGAUGCAUGCGUUCAGCUGGAUCCGUGAUCAUUUAGAGGAAUACCCAGAGACGUCUCUUCCCAAACAGGAAGUCUACGAUGAAUACAAGAGCUUCUGUGACAAUUUGAACUACCACCCGCUGAGUGCUGCAGACUUUGGAAAAAUGAUGAAAAAUGUCUUCCCCAAUAUGAAAGCGCGCCGACUUGGCAUGAGAGGAAAAUCUAAAUAUUGCUAUAGUGGACUCAGAAAGAGGCCCUUUGUUCACAUGCCAUCUUUGCCCACUCUCGAUAACCAUAAAUCAGGCGAUGUACUCCAGUGUGACCUUCUGGAGUCAGCAGGGCAGCUGAACAACAUCAAGGAGGAGGUUCGAUUUGCGGCGUGCGAUCUGGUGUGUGAGUGGGCCCAAAAGGUUCUGAAACGCCAGUUUGAUGCAGUGGAGGAGCUAGCUCGCUUCCUCAUUGACAGCCAUUACAUCAGCAACAAGUCUUUAGCAGCUCUCACCAUUACUACCGGCACAGCAACAGAGGUUCAUACUCCUCCAGCAGUCUCGGCGUUCGUCCCCACUUCUGAGGCUCACUCCUACCAGCCUCAUGUGACAACGCUGUCCUCACCAUCUGUCGAUGCAAAGCAGCAGCUCCAGAGGAAGAUUCAGAGGAAGCAACAGGAACAGAAGCUGCAGUCUCCUUCGCCUGGGGAGGGACCAGCAAGGAGGACAGAUGAUGGUAUGCCCUGUGCGAGUCCGACGCCUCCGUCGCCUCAGCCAACCAUAGGCAUCAUGGUCACUGCCGUACCCAGCCCUAUCACGGUUCAGCGAGGCCGCCAGCUGAUGUCUCCCAGCACUAUGGCAACAGUGGAGAACAAAGUGCUGCCCAUCAACUUCCAAAUGGUGUCCCAGCCGGUUCAAGCAGUGAAACAGAGCCCAAAAACCCCUCAAAAUAUUUUAGCCAAUCUAGCGGGAGAACGUUCUGCUCGGCAGCGCUAUGCACAAAUCCUGCCCAAGCCUUCUCCUACUGUCGCACUGCGCUCGCCCUCCACCAUGAUCAUCGGCAACAGUCCCAUAAAGACUGUGAUGACCACUUGUCAUGUCAGCCCAGUCAGUUUGGUGAAGAUGACAGCCAUACCGCUCACAACCAACAGCAGCAGCAGCACCACCUCUCUAACAAACACCACUCUGCGGCCAGCGUCCGCAGGCAUUAGCAUUUCUGCAGUUGCAGAUGACAUCAGCAACAAUCAAAGCAUGAGGAGCACCUCUGCAAUCCCCAUCCUAGCCCCGCCAGCCAGACCAGGGCCGACUGCUAACACCCCUACCAUCGAUGUUGAAAUGGAAGUUGAAGCUAUACAUAAAAACAGCCAAAUGCAUAAUCCUAGCAGUCUAGUUUUGACUCAAGGAGUAAUGGCAAAUAGAGCUGGAGGAGCUGUGCAAAGGGCUGGGCAAAGGGCUGCCAGUGUACCCAUACCUCGGACUAAAGGCUACCUGGGUCUGGAGGAAAUAUCACACAGCACUGAAUGGAACACAAAGACAUCCAUAAGCACUAACACUGUGGCAGCAGCAGAAAACAGAAAUAAUAGCACUACUAAUACAGGUCAUAUGCACUCAACCCCUUCCAUCAUGAAUGCCAGCACUGUUUCUUCAAUGAACACCAGCAGAGUGCCUUCAUUUGGGGAAAGCAGCAGUGUAACAUCAGCAAAGGAAGGUUUUUUAGCCACUAAAAGCCUCAGGAAACGUUCAGGCCUCAGCCCAGACCUUUCUCCAGUUAAGAGGAUUUUUAUGCCACAACAUUCAGUGGAGGGCGCUGGUUUUGGAUACAGUAAUAGAAACACAUUUGCCAAUGUCUCCAGGCCAGGAGCUCCAACUAGACCUGAAAGUGCACCAGCAACCAGGGAGGUAGAGACAAAAAUGAGCUCUUCCACUCAGGACCAAGCACUGUGCACGUCAACUUUCAGAGCCAGUGGAUGCUUCUCUGCUGCCAAAACAGUAAGCUCAAUGCAGAGGAAAAACACUUCAAGUGUUAUGGAAACUAGCUCCUCAGUCAGUCAUGCAUUUACACAGCAACAGCAGGGGCACACAGUGUCUAACGCACAUGCCAUACCUAAUGACCACAACCUCCAAAGACAUCCAGGUGUGGGUGAUGUUGGUUUAAACUCUGAACUGCAACAACAACAUCAACAACAACAACAACAACAACAACAACAACAGACCUACAUGCUGUCUAACAAUGCUGCUGAAAAUGUACACUUUUUCAAUCAGACUUCAUCAUCGAGCCAGCUCCCCAUGCAGACUGACAUGAACUACUUUUCCUUUGACGAUGACGUGACUCAGGACAGCAUUGUGGAGGAGCUAGUGCAGAUGGAGGAGCAGAUGAAGCUUAACAACAUGCAGGAGUUUGGAGAUGGUGUUGCAAUGCCAGGCCAACAGACCGUGAUGUCAGACAGCAUCAUGCCCACCAAUAAGUCCAUGACAGCCUUCUAUCAUGCUGCAAACAGCAGCAGCAGCAACAGCAACCCCAUCAAAACUCCAACACCCACACCAACUUCAGAAAUUAUGGGAGGAGUCCAAGGCCUCACUGGAGAGAGCCCGUUCUCCCGCAUCGCCUCCACCACUCCGGUGGACAGCGCACUGGGAAGCAGCCGGCACACCCCGGUCGGUACUCCUCACUCCAACUGCAGCAGCAAUGUGCCCCCCAGUCCAGUGGAGUGCAGGAACCCGUUUGCAUUUACACCCAUCAACUCCAGCAUCACCGGUUUCCAUGACGGCAGCACAGUCUCCAGCAGCCCCAUCAAGCCCAUGCAGAGACCAAUGGCCACCCACCCAGACAAGACCAGGCUGGAGUGGAUGAGUAACAGUUACAACAGCAGCAGUGGGAGCUUAAACAAAUCAAACAACGGAAUGGGAAUCCUCCCCAGCUAUCAAGGCCUGAUAGGCGACCAGUUUCAAAAACCUCACGCCUUUGCCAUCCCUCACGCUAGGCACCACGACAGCCAUUUUGGCUGCUUGACCCCCAUCUCUCCUGUGCAGCAGCAGGUCAAUAGCAUGGCUAAGCAGGAGGGUUUUGCUGUGCCCGCCCCUCUGGAUAACAAAGCCACAAACUCGCCUGCUUUCCGAUGUCGCAGUGUGAGCCCUGCAGUGCAUCAGAGGAAUUUUACCGGAAACACAGGAAACCUUCCACAUAUCCCUCGUUCAGUCGUGUCUCCCUUUAACUCUCCCGUGACGCCUGAAGUGUUGAAUAUUUUUGCAAACACGCAGACAAAUCUCGGGGUGAGCAGCAUGGCCCAGAGGAGUCAUUCUGUGCCGCUUAAUGUCAUGAUGCAAACUGAGGUCCUGCCUGCACAGGGCCAACAAUGCAACAGCAAAAACAUCACCAGUGUCCUUCUGAGCAAGCUAGAUGGGCCCCACGAUGACUCUGUGCGGGGUUUGGGCAUCAAUAAUUUACCUUCCAGCUACACUGCACGUAUGAACCUCACCCAGCUCCUUGAGUCUGACAACAACCUUUCUUGUAGUGGCAAUCAACUUAGCCUGAUGACCUCUGAGUCCACUGGCACGUGCAUGUUACAGAGGCCAAAUUACCUCAUGGAAAAUGCUAUUAAUGAACAAAUGAUUCAGUCAGCAGGUGCCAGCAGAGAGCAAAUGGUCUCGGGAGUCUCUUUGAGCUCACAGCAGCAUCUAGAAGAUCACCAGCAGCAUCAGCAGUGUGAUUUUAGCAGUUCAGUGAAAGACCUCCUGACAGACAACGGGCUCACUGCUGGAUGUCAGCUCAUGGAGCAGGUGUCAGAACUAACGUCAGGGGGAGCAGAUUUCCCGUGUGAAAUCAGAAUGACAUCUGAGCUCUCCAACAGCAUCAAUGACCUGAACACACUGGACACAAACCUUUUGUUUGACCCAAACCAGCAGCAAGGGCAAUAUCAAAAUACUGCCAGGGAGGAGGAGGAGUUUGUGAAUGAUGCGCUCUUUCAGCAAAUAACCAGCGAGGCGGCACAUUCAAGUGGACUCGACUGGCUGGAAAGCAAAGACCAUCCCACUGUUGGGUUGAUGGGCUGAGAUGAGUGGUUUUUUUAAGUCAUGUAUAAUAUGUUAAUCAGUGGUUGCUGUUUGUUUUUAUCUAUUUUUACUUUUUUACACUUUGUAAUGUCACUCUGGAUUCAUUGAGGUUUGUCCAGUUUAAGUGCCAGACUGAACUGCAAUAAUGCUGCAAAGCUCUGAUAAAAAUGCUGGUCAUUUCACUCUAAUCAGAGAUUACCCCCUCAUUUUGUUUGAUUGAGAGCAUUUCCAACGUGUAAACAAAGGUGACUGUACAAAAAAAACCUACUCUUUAAACAGCUUUUUAUAUGUUAUGUUUGAUAUUUUAUUUAAUCAUGACAGAGACAUGGGUUUCCAAGUGUAUAGCACUGAGGAAACAUAUGCCACAAUUAUUGAUUAUCCAUUAACAACAAUAUCUUUAUAUAUCAUUGUGUCUAAAUGUUGGUAACUAACUACAGCCAUAAUCCAGUUAAAACAGAACAGACUACAACACAACAAAUUAUAUGUGAUCUGUUAACAGUAUGCCGUGAAUAGAACACUUGUGUACGAGAUUCAAAAAAAAAUUGAAGUAUCAAUAGUGAGAGAAGAGAUGAACUUUGCCCCGUGUGCACAAAAUAGUUUUGUGAAAAGUCUGUUUUUAGUGCAUUUUCUUGCACAUACAAAAAUCUAAUAACAAAAUGUGUUUAAAAAAUAUGCACUCAUUUUAUAGGUGUUGCUUAGAGACAAUAAAUACAUUUAAUAUAUUACCAUGAUCAGUUGUCACUAAUGGCUGACAUAAUUCUAAUUACAUAAUUAAUUUAACAUAUAUUUAAGCCAAAACUGCAAUAUACAUCAGCAUUGCAACCAUCUGAACUAACCCUUACUAUAAAGGUAUUGAAGCUGCAAUGAAUCUUUUUGAUUAAGUAGCACAUUGUGUCUUUGUC